UGUGUUGUGCUCGGAACAUGGCGGGCGUCGGCGACGCGGCCGCGUCGGGGGAAGGUGGCGGCGGCGGCGGCGGUGGCGGUGGCGGGGACGGCCAGGAGCGGGACGGCCGCGGCGGCGAGGCGGAGCAGCCGGGCGGCAGCGGCGGCCAGGGCCCUCAGCCGGCGCCUCAGCACACGGAGACGCUGGGCUUCUACGAGAGCGACCGGCGGCGAGAGAAGCGCCGCGGCCGCGCAGAACUUUCAUUAUUGAGGUUCCUCAGUGCUGAACUAACGAGAGGGUACUUCCUGGAACACAAUGAGGCCAAGUACACAGAACGAAGAGAAAGAGUAUACACUUGCAUGCGAAUACCAAGAGAACUGGAAAAGCUCAUGUUUUUUGGAAUCUUCCUGUGCCUGGAUGCAUUUCUGUACGUGUUCACCCUGCUCCCGUUAAGAGUGUGUCUGGCACUAUUCAGGCUCCUCACUUUGCCUUGCUACGGCUUAAGGGACAGACGUUUGCUUCAGCCUGCCCAGGUGUGUGACAUUUUGAAGGGUGUCAUUUUGGUGAUCUGCUAUUUUAUGAUGCACUAUGUUGACUACUCCAUGAUGUACCACCUGAUAAGAGGCCAGUCCGUCAUCAAACUCUACAUUAUCUACAACAUGCUGGAGGUAGCCGAUCGUCUGUUUUCAUCAUUUGGACAAGAUAUAUUAGAUGCUCUCUACUGGACAGCAACAGAGCCAAAAGAAAGAAAAAGAGCCCAUAUCGGAGUGAUUCCUCACUUUUUCAUGGCUGUUCUCUAUGUCUUUUUACAUGCAAUUCUCAUAAUGGUUCAAGCAACAACUCUCAAUGUUGCUUUUAACUCCCACAACAAGUCACUGCUUACAAUUAUGAUGUCUAAUAAUUUUGUUGAAAUUAAAGGAAGUGUUUUCAAGAAGUUUGAAAAGAACAAUCUCUUUCAAAUGUCAAAUAGCGAUAUUAAGGAGCGUUUUACAAAUUAUGUGCUUUUGCUAAUAGUGUGUUUAAGAAACAUGGAACAGUUUUCUUGGAAUCCAGAUCAUCUGUGGGUGUUAUUUCCAGAUGUCUGUAUGGUGAUUGCAUCCGAAAUUGCUGUGGAUAUUGUAAAGCAUGCCUUUAUCACCAAGUUCAAUGACAUUACUGCAGAUGUCUACAGUGAAUACAGAGCCAGCCUUGCUUUUGAUCUUGUUAGCAGCCGGCAGAAAAAUGCCUACACCGACUACAGCGACUCGGUGGCGCGCAGGAUGGGCUUCAUUCCUCUCCCACUGGCUGUUUUACUCAUCCGAGUUGUAACCAGCUCAAUUAAAGUACAAGGAAUCCUGUCUUAUGCCUGUGUCAUACUCUUCUAUUUUGGGUUGAUAUCACUGAAAGUACUUAAUAGCAUUGUGCUGUUGGGGAAAUCGUGCCAAUAUGUGAAGGAAGCCAAAAUGGAAGAAAAGCUGUUCGACCCUCCCCCAACCAGCACUCCGGCCAAGCCAGCCAGUAAAUCACAAGGCAAAUGUAAAUCUCCCCAAGGCCUUUCCACGGAGGAAAAGCUGCCUGCCUCGUCGGCCACCAGCCCGCCGGCCCAUCAGAAGGAGAGCAUCAUACCGUUACUUGUGACGAGCAAUUCCGACCAGUUUCUGACAACUCCAGACGGUGAAGAGAAGGACAUAACACAGGAAAAUUCAGAGCUAAAACACAGAUCCUCAAAGAAAGAUUUGCUAGAGAUAGACAGGUUCACAAUCUGCGGAAACCGCAUUGACUGAAUCCCGGGGCCUGUGCUCGACAGCGGCCGGGCCCGGGCCGGGGAGCGCUGCGCUGCCGGGACACACGGAUGCCAAGUGGCACUUAAAUAUUUAUUUAAAAACUUAAAUUAUUAAUGGCAGCAAAUCUAGGAUCUUUCUUCCAACACGCCAUGGUCUGGCGGAAGUCCAGACCCCGUGACAGCAGCGACCUCCGGCCUUGGCUCGGGGCGACUUCCUGUGGCACUUCCUCCCGCCAGGCCGGGCGGCGGCGGCGCUUCCGGGCCCGGGCACGCAGGGUCCCGCCCUCCGCUCCGUCCAGCGUGGGCUUCCCGAACGUUGGAGUUUUGCCUCAAAGCCUCUGCAGUAUAAGGACAUACCUGGGAAACUGUGAAGCUUUUACCAUGAAAUACCUUUCCAGUCUCGCGCUGUUUCCACGGUUUUCAAACAUCAUCUGCCAAAGCAUUACAAAGCUCUUCAAAAGGAGUCAAGAUACAUGUUCUUACCUCCAGAGUAACCCUUGAAGAUACAUCCAUCUGAAUUAAUCAGAAUAAAGACUGCCUUCAAUGACACUUGAUGAAUUGUAAUGUUUUCUAGAAUACAAAAAAAAAAAAAGCCCUACGUCAAUUCAUUUAUUUCAAAGGAAAAAAAAAUCAGUUGAAGGUAUGCAUCACGGAGAACAAGUUUUAAUCAUUUUUUAGGUUACUCUCUAAAGCAAAAUGUGAUCUGUGUGUUAUUUAAUUGCAGUGGAUAAAAACAGAAAUUUCCUUAGGACAAAAGGCACUUU